AUGUCCGCGCACAGCAGCCGCAGUGGACGAGGUAACAGUGGUGGAGUUUGGAGACCGGUUGAAGCAGGAUCGGAGACAAAGGAUAGUGCCACCAGUCCGAGUGACGGCGAGGGAGCAGGCUUCACCGAGCAACAGCUAGCGACUCUGUUGAAGCUGAUAGGAGAGAGCAGCCGUCACCAGUUCCAGGAGUUGAAGGACGAGCUGCGAAGCCUUUCGCAGCAGAGAGCGAGCACAGGACCGCCGGAGACCAAGACCGAGGCGGUCCACGAGACAGAGGGUGCGGGCCGGCACGCUCGCGACGACCCGUGGGCCCAGGAUGGCCCGUGGGGCGGCCGGCAGGAGCCAGAUGAGCAGCCAGCAGGGAAGUGGGAGCGAGGCACCUCGUGGGGAGGUACACGCGAACCCUGGUGGCAGAGCUCAGACGGCAAGAGCCACGGCUACGACGGGAACAAGAAGGACGACGACGACGGACAGUGGACAUGGAGAGGUCACGACUGGAGCUCCUCCAGUUGGUCAUGGCACGAGAAGUCCUGGUCCAAGCCAGACUACUCGGACCCAGAUCCGUGGAUGGGGUGGACAGACUUUCGCAUCUGGCGCCGCAAGAUCAAGCGCUGGCUCUCGUCCACAGACGUACCGAUUCAGAAGAGAUCCGACAAGUUGUUGAAGACGCUGGACUUAGAGCUCCAGCGCAAGAUGGAAGACAUCAGCGACGACGUCCUGAUGUCAAGUGUAGGCCCGGACCUGAUCGUGAAGCGGCUCGACGCGAUGAGCGGCAAGAGAGUAGAUGAUGAAGAUCGCCGGGCAGCCCGAGAGUGCCUCUUCGGGUACCAGCGCAAGGCGGGGGAGACUUUGUCCAUGUACGCCGCGCGCAUGGAGCAGCAGUUCGAUUUAUUACGUGCCCAGGGGCUCCCACUGCCAGACAAGUGGAUGCACCUCUUCAUGGAGGAAGGGGUGAACCUGGAUGACAGUGGCAAGCAGAUGCUGAGAGUGCUGACGCGCGGCUCGGGCAAGUACGAAGAUCUCCAGAACGCCAUCAGGGAGCUCGAUCUGUCCAAGACCGAGUCCUUGACCGGAGCCGCCCGCACAGCACGCACGUACCUUGGCGAGGACGUCGAAGAAGGCUCUGGCACGUAUCACGGAGAGCAGGAUGACGAAUCGGAGCUGUCGGUGGACACCGACAUGGAGAACGAGAUAUUGCUAUGCAUCGACUCGGCCGAUAUUGACGAAGACCAAGCACCUCUUGUUCUAGCAGAGCUCCAGCAGGAGCGAAAGAAGACGUGGAAAGAGAACAAAGUGAUGGAGCGCCAGGUGAAGGUGGACAGGAGAGACCGCCUCAGCAUCGAGCAACUGAUGAAGGUCACCAGGUGCAAGAAGUGCCGGAAGAAGGGCCAUUGGUCCAGAGAGUGCCCAGAGAACAAGCAGUCCUCGACCAACGGCUUCGUGUUUCUGAACGAGCCGUCCGCCGACGCUUCGGGGCUCGUCCUGGCCACUCUCAGCGAGGUGGUCAAGCGCUGCGAGGAGGCCCUCCGCAGUCUCCCCAGCCAGGCGACGGCCCCGGACACCUUCCUGACCACCGAGGGCGGCAAGAUCAUCGUGGACACCGCAGCGGCGCAAGGCCUCAUUGGCCCCCAGUCGCUGGCUCUUCUGGAGAAAAGGUUGAGUGAGUUAGGCGUCAUGCAGAUAGACCUCGUGAAUCAGGAGCUCCCGGCACUCAUGCCAGUGGGCAUGCAAGAAAUGCUGGGAGACGUCAUCGAUUUGCCCUGGGGCCGUGUACGGUUCACUCAGCUGGGAGUCGAGACCCCACUCGAGAAGCUCCCGAGCGGCCAUCGAGUGGUGAGUAUCGAUCGCCUGGGCCCUCCCGCCGAAUUCGAAGUGCCUGCUGCUGUGGCGGCCAAGUACGACUUGAAGCUGGGAGCCUUUUGCCUUUCUCCCAAGUACAAGGUCUGGAUCGCGACGAAUCAGCCGAUCCCCGAAGGCAUCACGAAGGGGGAGUUCCGCUGGGCAGCCCUGGCCAGUCGCUCGCUGAUACGCGAGGAGACGCUCGGGGCCAAUCUUCUGACGAUGAGUGUCACGGGCCGCCUCUUCCCGCAGGACUGGCCCAGGAGAAUGCGCAUCAUAGACUCGAGACAGUUGGAGUGCCGUCAUCCCCUCGACCAGGAGAUGCUGCUGGGCAACCGUCAUGCGAAGUGGCACAAGUGCGGCAGCUGUGCCCUGAGGCUGAGCAACGAGUCCACGCCCAUCCUGAAGGGAGAGUCCAAGGCGCCGAGGCAGUGUCCUCCGGUGACACGCCCGAGCGCUCGCAGAGCUCGCGGGACGGCGCAGGGCAUUCUCGAGUCCAGUAUGGCGUCCACGAAGCCGGAGGCCGGAGCACCUUUCACGCCGACGACGGUGAGAGGCUACCGCCCAGGGCCCCCGAUGAAGGAGUACGAGCACAUGGAGGUGGACGCUCUUCCUCGGAGACGCGGUCGGGCGCCCAUGGAGCAGCCCGAGGAGGACACUCUGAAGGCGCAGCAGGACAUGCUGAAGACCCAGGAGAAGAUCCUGGAGAUGCUCGGGCAGGUCCAAGGGCAGGUGGCGACCCAGGGAGCCGCACUGGCGAACCAGCAGGAGGCCAUCCAGUGCCUUCAGGCCCACACCCAGAGCCAUGCGCUGGUCAUCGCGAACGCCACAACGGGGGCUUCGCAGGCUGCCGCGGCUGCUGCCAGCUCGGGUGUGACGGUGAACGGAUGGCAGGACGUCUCGCACCUUUCCCCAGCCGAGCAGAUCCAGUACGUCAAGACCUCGGCUCCCGACGGUCCGGUGACGCUCAAUCUACCUUUUCCCGGCGUGACGCGCCAGUGGGUGGAGAAGGGCGAGAUCUACUUCGAGACGGAUCCUGGGACGCUCUUCCUGAUCGGUCCGAACCUAGAGGCGGUGCCGGUCCCCGGGGUCAGCGCCGUUGACUUCGACAUGUGUUGCUUCAAUCUGUCUGUGAGAGAGGUCGACACCAGCACGGCGGCUGAGCCUCCGCUCGAAGUGGAUGCGAGGGUGAGGGAUUUAGUUCAGAAGGUACAUGUCAAUUUAGGAGACUGGGUGUACGUGUGGAGGAGAGCCCACAGGACCGGGAAAACAUACGGCCUCCAGCGCGACCGGUGGACAGGACCGGGCAUGGUGAUAUAUCAGUACAACAUUACCGCCUGGGUCAGCAUGAGGUCCAGACUCUGGAAGUGCGCUUCUGAGCAACUCCGGCCCGCCACGGGCCCCGAGGCCCGAGGGGCCGAGCUCCUGAGCGAUCCGGGGGUGUCCGAGUUGGUGCGACAGGUCCAGUCAGGAACUCAGCGGGCGGGAGUGGACGUGGCCCGAGAGGGCCCACCGCCUCCGGAGGCCUGGGAGGCUCCCGUGGAACCCAGCACCCAGGCGCCGUGCAACAACCUCGCGACGGUGUACAUGAUGGACGGCUACGACAGGGCGUGGCCCCGGGUGUUCCAUCGGAGGAAGGCCGAGUGGAUGCAGUUGUUGUUUCAGGACGCAGUUUUCGGCACGGUUAUCGACGAGUGUUGGCAGGGCAAGGUAGGCCCCUUUGCAUCCUUGCUGAGAAAAGAUUGCACCCUCAACACCCAGCCCACCAACAACCUGGCCAUCGUCGAUGCCAAGGGGAUUUUCGAUACUCUGGACCGGGACACCGGGGGCUCCAAAAACGACCGACGGGUGGCGAUUGAUCUAUCGGUGUGCCGGGAGAGUUUAUCACGUCUCGGGGGGACCAUCCGGUGGAUGCCACACCCCUUUAUGCCAGUGGAUGUGAUGACGAAAGCAGAUGUGAGUAAGGGGAACGCCGCACAGCUCCAGCUCCUCAAGACCGGCAUGAUGCGGCUUACAGCAGAGAAGGAUUCCCUCACGCACCGCCGUCAGGACCCGUCUUCCAAGGCCAGGUGCCCAAAGGCAUCGUUUAUUGGAAACCCUGAGAACAGCCCCAUGUGCGGGCUCAGGCUGCGUCAGACCAUCAUAUUGUCACGCCAUCAUUACCAUUUCCAGAGCCAUUCAGUGCUGCAGAUGAAGCGACUGCGGACCAUGACCGUGUACGCAACGUCCAUAAGUGUGAUUAGUUGUUCAUGUUCGGCCUGCGGUUUGGCACGCCACUCCAUAUUCUCAGGUUCUCCGUGGGAGAACAUGUAUGACGGCCCUGAAAUCGCCAGCGUCGUCCCAUUCCUUAUCCAUGGCGACGCAGCUUUCGAGGUCGCCAGUCCUGCCAACGACUCAGCCGCCAGCCAGAAGAAGCGCAGGUUAGACCAGGCAGCACUCAGCAGGACAAUGAUUCAGGACAUAGCGCAGAUGAAGCCAGUGCCCUUCGUUCUGGCCCCGAUGUAUAAGCAUGUGGACACGUUCGUCGCCGCUGUGCAGAACGCUGGCAAUAAGUAUGCGGCUCCUGAUUCAGAUGCUGUGUAUACGGUGGCCAAGCGCAUGUUCGACGAUUCAUUGCCUGGGCAAAUGAUGACCAAAACGAGCGAGGCGGAGUUGGCUGGUUCCAGCCGCAGGACGACUGGCAAGAUCACUAGAAGGUUGGCUGAGUUCGCAAUCGUAUCUGACAGACUCCGCCGCCAUGGUUUGGAGAAAUAUUUGGUCUCAUGCGACAUGGCGAAGCCAAUCUACUACGUGGAGUCGGAGUUAUACGACGAGAGUCCGAUGCCGUUCAAACUCAGAGAUUGCAGUUUCGACGCGCAUUCUGAUCCACUUCAAGACUUCGCUGCUGCGUUGAACCCCAACUGCGUCAAGGAUGGCAUCGUGCGUCCAUCCGAGUUCCCAGCAUUUCUUCAGCAAGCUCGCGUUGAAGCGUCGAUUGCCAAGAUGCUCCAGGUGGAUUCUCGCUACGCCUGCUUGCUGAAGGUCGAGAGCGGCGGUGCCAAGCGGUACAUCUUCGCGCAGUCCACUACCAUCAACCACUUGGUAGUUGUUGAUCGUAACACGGGCGAGGCCACUCGCGGAGCCCUCAGAACGCUCUGGGCAGUGAGUUUGGCCCACAAGCUGCAUGAACAACGGGUUCGCCUCGUCACGACCGACCAGGGCGGGGUGUACGUGCCCUCAUUUCCUGACGUGCCAGAUCUCGACGCGUACAGGGCGAAAUGCAGGAAGUCGGUGACUGAAGGCUUGCCAUUCGUUUUCGCGUCCUCUGCUUUUAAGCUGUACCCACGGGACAAGUGGGCGGGCGCCGACGCGUGCAUCGAUCAGUUCUUGUCUUUGGAGCUAUGUCACGGGCUACUAUCUAAGGCAUACCCCGUCUGGGCGAAGAGCAUGGGCGCAGCGGUCUCCGGCAAGGCAUCGGCAAAGAUGCGUGUCGCACCGCGCGCCGAAGUGCCACUGCUCAUGCUGUCUGCCCCUGGCGGCCCCGGCGAUGAUGGAGACGGCGACGGCGAAGCUGGCGAAGGCGAGGGUGACCCUGCAGACGUCGGGGAUGACAAAGGGGGCGCCGUCGGAGAUCAACGCGACGAGGACUUUCGCCGGCAGCCAGUGAGCCAGUUCAAGGCAGAGGAGAAAGCGAAGGACAGACAAGUCGGCAUGAAUUGGGUCGUGAGCAAGCCAAUGACAUCGCUGAUCAUCGUGAGGUUGACGAUGGAAGAUUGCACGGAGCAGACGAAUGCACUAGCGUUCAAGAUGUCAUCUCGCGCUGGAUGCUUGGCGGCAGAGCUCGUGCGGGACAUGCAUCAGAAGUGCCCCUACCGUUUGUUCUUGGUACUGCACCGCCCGAGCAUGGCCGCGAGGAUCGAGUCGGAGAGCGAGUGCGUCCUCGGCGUGUUCACGAAGCAGUUCCUGCAGGACAACCCAGACCUCAGCGCCGACGAUGCCAGGAUGCGCCUGCUUGCAAUCGCUGCCAUGGCGAAGCUGGAUAUCUCCCACAUCGAAGCCCUUCACGCCAGCAUUCGGCGCCUCAUCGCGGCGGCUUCGGCGGAGCGGGUUGCCUCCCGCUGCAGGGCGCGGGCGAAAAACUCUGCAGGCCUUACUCGGGCGACUUUCGUGGGCGCAGACAACCCAGAGCCAGCGGAGGACGAGGAGCCUCGCAAGCUUCGGGGAGGCGGCGGCGCCUGGAGAGCUUUCGUUGCCAUGAGCGAGCCAUGGGUUUUCAAGGAUUUCUCGGAGCUGGCGGCGCAAUACCGACAACUCGACGCCGAGCUGAAGGAGAAUCACAUCACAGCUGGAAGGGCUGCGACGGCCGCACAUCGAGAGCAUCCAGAUGCCAGCUCAUUCGGGAACUCCAAGCGGCAAGAGGAACGACUGAUUGCAGCAGAGCGUCGGGCCCAAUUGGCACUUCAACUCGGCAGCCAUGCGAAUCAUCAGGGCAAGUCGGUUGAGGUUGCCGUGGCGAACCAGAUCGUCGCCACGCAGGUGGAGCACACAUCUGCGCUGGCUGCUGCUAGAUCCGCAUCGUACACCCUGGGCAGGUUGAAGGCCAAAGACGUCAGGGACAAGGGCGCCAAGCUGAAGACCUUUGCACUGGACGAGGCAGGUCUUCGACUUGCUGUUGGCGGCGUCCCUCCCCUUGCAGCUGUCGCAGGGGAUCUUCGGCGCCUACCUGAGCGAGCGUGCUCCGCCCUCGAGUUCGUCCCCGACAUCGGCACGACGGCUGCGAAGGCCACCUGCGCGUCGCAGACGGCGCGAAGCUCGACGGGCGCCUCGAAUACGGCAGCCCUGACGGCGAGUUGGCACCGUCGUCGCAACAUCGUGCUCCACGGCGCUUGCGAGAAGAUUUCAGACCUGCCGAACGGCUACAACAAACAGAUUCGUUGCUGGAAGUUCGGGCGGUGCGUUUGCAGCGGCGAUGGCAAGCAACUCUACGCCAUUCGCAAUGCGCUGCUGCGUGUACUGAAAAGGGCUUUCCCACGCAAGUCGGCACCGUUUCCCUUGCUGGUGAAUGGGAGUAUAUUCGUGGCGAUAUUUCCGCCUCUACCUGGUCAUCUACUCGAGAUGGACGUGCACCGAGAUUUCACGAAUGACGAUGAGUCGCUCGUUGUCCACGUGGGCGUGCUGUACCUGAAACCCUACAGGCCGACGUUCCACAAGAUGCGCGUGGAGCGGGUCCAGGACGACGGCGCUUGGGACUUGCAGGCUUGA